AUGGCCAGCGAGCGCAGCGGGAGCUUCAACUUCAACUACGGCGGCGGGCGCGCCAAGUCCGAGAGCGCGCGCUUCGAGGGCCUUCGCGGCUUCUUCGCCUGGGAGGACGAGACGGACCCCGCGUGGAAGGCCGCGGUCAUGGCCCAUGGCGGCGGCGUGCCCAAGUUUGGGACCAAGGCCGAGUGCGAAGAGUUCGUCAAGGCGCAGUGCGCGCCGGGCUCGAACCCCGACUUCCCGAACCUCCAGCACAUCUUUACGAUGCUCGUGACGUGGAACCAGAUCCGCGACAUCCUCUUGCCGGCGAUGGCCGUGGUCGACGCCAAGUACCCGUACGUGCCCCACCGGUCGCCCGUCCGGGCCGAGAACCGGUUCGUCGACAGCGCAGUCGAAAGCGGCGUCACGUGGCGCACGGAGCUGCCGUUCCAUCGCGAGACGAACCGCGAGUCGACAAUGCACACUCUCAAGUACCUCUUCUUCCACAUGCGUUGCGGCAUCUUCGUCAUGAUCCGCGCCGGCAAGGUCGUGCUCUUCGCGCCGUUCGUCAACAAGGACUAUGAGAACAACUGGGCCGAGUUUCUCAAGUUUGACUCGUCGGACGGGAGCUUCAAGGCCUACUACGAAGAGAAGCGCAACCACUACCGCCGGGAAAACAUCAUUCCCGAUAUCCGCAAGUGGUGGGCCAACGGCAACAUCAUCUGCAACGAGCACUGCAAGGACAACCGCCAGCUCGACGAGACGCAGUACUGGGGCGACCAGUUCCUCGCCCAGCUUCGCGACAUGCUCGACGACUGUUGCAAGCACCGCGACCUGCCCGACUGUGAGUUUUUCAUCAACAAGCGCGACUACCCGCAUCUCAAGAACAACCUCUCGGAGCCGUAUGGAUUUCUCUUUGACCGGGACGACCGCAACCCGGACGAGGACCUGCCGCUCACGCAGUACAAGUUCCCGUCGUACGCGCCGAUCAUGAGCUUCUACAUCUCCAACCGCUUUGCCGACAUUCCGUUUCCUUGCUCGGAAGACUGGGAAGCCGCGACCGGUCUCGUCUUCCCGCCGUCGUUCCAGCACACGCACUGCCACCACUGCCCGUGCAAGAACAAGCGCAACUGCGAGGCCAACUGGGAGUGCUUUUGCCCCGGCGACCGCAAGUACCACGGCAUCUCGACGGUGCGCGACUUGUUUACGGCGAGCAACUUUAAAAAGUUUGAUCUGCCCUGGGAAGACAAGGUCGACACGGCGUUCUUCCGCGGUACAGCGACGGGCGGCGGCACCACGAUUGACACGAACCAGCGCCUCCACCUCGCCCACCUCUCCAAUUUGUGGAAGACCGAGUCCGAGUACCACCACUUGAUGCACCCGCUGCCGUAUCUGGACGCGGAGAUCACGGCGUGGAACCUGCGCGACAAGAAGAUCGCCAAGAACCCGAUGACGUUUGUGCGCAAGGAGCGCUUCCAGGGCCGCGGCGAGUUCACGGCCGGGAAGCACCACUACAUUCCCAUGUACGAGCAGUCCAAGUACAAGUACAUUUUGUACGUCGAGGGCCACUGCGCAGCGAACCGCUAUGCGUUCCUCAUGCGCCUCGGCGGCGUCAUCCUCAAGGUCACGUCCAAGUGUGUCGCCGACGAAAUGUGGUACACACCGCUGCUGCAGCCAAUGGUCGACCACGUCCCGAUCAAGCCCGACCUCUCGGACCUUGCUGAGAAGAUCCAGUGGUGCCGCGACAACGACGACAAGUGCCGCGAGAUUGCAGCGCGCGCCAAGUGGCUCUACGACAACUACGUCUCGAAGGAAGGCAUCCACGACUACAUGGAGAUGAUCACGACGCAGAUUGCGCAAAAGUACGUCCACGCACCCACGCGGUUUGGCUACGUCCGCCCCAAGGAAGACGUGCAGCCGCCGUCGAUGCGUCCAACGCACCCGCACUCGUGCGUUGGCGGCAGCAACAACCAGCCCGGCCGUGUCUGCCGCGGCUGCAAGGACGGUGAGGCCGAGUACCGCGUCCAGCGCCAAAAGCUGGAUGAAGACGACGAAAAGUACGGCGCCAACAAGCCAUUGCAAUACGACAACUACCGUCAAGGCGGUGGUCGUGGGCGCGGCCGCGGUGGCUACAGCCAACAGAACAGCAACUCCCGCAACAGCGGGUACCAGGCGCCAAGGGGACCGCCCGCGGAGAAGUCGUGUCGCCGCUGUCGCCGCAAGAUCUCUCUCUGCAUGUGCUCGCGCCAUUGA